GGACAAAACAACAAACAACAACCAAAGGACAGAAAAGUUACAGACAAAGGAACCAGCAGUGUUAUUGUUGUGGUAAAAAUAACCACUUGAAAGCGGAGUGUUCUCUAAGAAAUAAAUAUUGCUCGGAAUGUGGUCAACAAGGACACAUAUUCAGAAUGUGUGAAAGAAAGCAACGAAAAACCAACAUUUUGGAACUGGAGACUUCAAAGCCUAUAGAAGAAAAUGAGGAGGCAAUAGAUUCUAUUAAAAAUCUAUAUGAAGAAUAUGAGACAUAUACCUUUAAUAGUACGCACAACAAAUCAUAAAGAGCCAGUUCGCAGAAGUAUUUAGCCCUGGUUGGGGAAAUUUUAAGGGUAAAGAAAUUAGCUUAAAACUUAAACCUGAUUCAAAACCUAUAUGCCUGCCAGUUCGUCGAGUACCAUUUGCUCUUCGGGAAAAAGUAAAUAAUGAAAUUAAAAGGCUCUUGGAACACGAUAGAAUUGAACCAGUUGAACAAAGUGAAUGGGGUACACCAGUGGUUCCUAUCCUUAAACCAGACGGAUCGGUAAGACUUUGUGGGGAUUAUAAACUUACAGUUAACAAAUGUUUAGAAGUCGAUCACUUUCCUUUACCUCAUGUAGAAGAUAUAUUGAAUUCUUUAAAACACGGGGAAUAUUACUGCGAACUAGAUCUCAAAGAAGCGUAUUUACAGGCACGUCUUAGUCCUGAAAGCCAAAACUGUACAACUAUUGUAACAGAGGUAGGAACAUAUAAAUAUAAAUAUUUACCAUAUGGUGUAAGCACAGGGCCAGGAUCAUUUCAACGACUGAUGACAAAUAAGUUGCUUAAUAUACCAAACACUGUUGUAUUCAUUGAUAAUAUCUAUAUAAAAGGAAAAAAUUUACAACAAACAUAUGAUACACUAUGUGCAGUAUUGACAAAAUUACAAGAGUGUGAAUUCAAACUUAAAAUUGAUAAAUGUAAAUUAUUUACAAAUAAUAUAGAAGUUUUUGGUUAUAAUGUAAACAAAAAUGGAAUCAGCAUAAUUAAGUCAAAUGUUAAACCUUUGAUUAAUGCCAAACCACCAACUAGUUUAACCAUGCUGAAAUCAUUUUUGGGAAAAAUUAACUAUUAUAAUCGUUUUUUAAAGGACAUGGCUACUGUAAUAGCACCUUUAUAUGAUUGUACUAAGAAAAAUAAAUUUAUUUGGAGUUCAGAAUGUGAAAAUGCAUUUAAUAACAUAAAAAAAAGACUGGCUAAUGCCAAUAAUUUACGACAUUAUGACCCACAGUUGCCCAUAAUAUUAACUUGUGAUGCGUCAGAUAUUGGUUUGGGUGCGGUGUUGUCAAGUAGAGAUGUUGAUGGUAUUGUCAAACCCAUUGCAUUCGCUAGUAAAAAAUUAAAUGAUGUAGAACAAAGAUAUUCUACCAUUGAUAAAGAGGCUAUGGCUAUCAUUUUUGGUAUAACAAAAUUUUAUAAUUAUAUUUACGGUCGACAUUUUGAACUUGAAACAGAUAAUGCUGCUCUAACGCGAAUAUUAGGACCUACCAAAGGAAUACCAAAAAUGGCAGCCAAGCGGUUGCAACAUUACGCUAUUUUUAUGUCAGCAUUUAACUAUAAAGUACGUCACAUUAAAUCCACUGAGAACCCAGCUGAUUAUCUAUCACGCACGGCAACCAAAACAGAAAAUAUAAAACAUGUUAAUUCAUUAUGUGUAGAUGAAGUAUUAAGUUAUGAAUGUUAUGUAAAUGAUUCCAAAAUCGGCACUAUAAACUGGAAAAUGAUACAACAAGAAAUUAACAAAGAUUUAAGUCUAACUAAGUUGGUUAGGUAUAUGGCAGAUGGGUGGCCAGUCAAGAAAAUGAUCCCAAAGGAGCUUUUACCAUUUUACAAUAGAAAGGAAGAACUUUCACUUGAUAGAGGAUGUGUAUUUUGGGGCUACCGCAUUAUAAUCCCAUGCACACUUAGAGAACAUGUCUUAAAAUAUUUACAUAAAAGCCAUUUUGGAAUCAUACGUAUGAAAGAGAUAGCCCGCUCAUAUUUCUGGUGGCCUAGUCUAGAUGCAGAGAUAGAAAAUAUUACUAAAAACUGCCUUGUUUGUCUGCAAAAUAGUAAAACACCCUCAAAAAUUCAGAAACCAUGGCCUCUGCCCCCCUCCUCUUGGUAUAGAAUUCAUGCCGACUUUCUAGGCCCAUUCUAUAAUAAAAUGUAUUUGGUUGUGGUCGACAGUUACUCAAAAUGGCCGGAAGCUUUUGAAAUGGCAAAUAUUACAUCAACGCGCACUAUAGAGAUAUUCAAGUCGCUAUUUUCAAGAUUUGGGUUACCAGUACAUUUAGUUACAGAUAAUGGAAGAACCUUUACUAGUAAUGAGUUUCAGGAAUUUUGUAAAGAGAAUCAAAUUAGGCACACAUUUACACCACCUUACCAUCCAGCCACAAAUGGCGCAGCUGAAAGAUUUGUUGACACCUUUAAAUCAGCAGUAACUAAAAUUAAAGAAAGUGGCUAUAAUUUAUCAUCAGCAGUCAAUUUGUUUCUGUCGGAUUAUAGAAAUUCACCCCAGCGCACUACGGGAGUGGCGCCAGCUAGAAUUAUGUUAGGGAGAGAAAUCCGAAACCGAUUUAGUCUAUUGCGACCGCCCCCAUUGGAAGAGGUAGUCAGGGAAAAUGUUGACAAACGGCACCAAGGAAAUCGGCAGAUUCAAUUUCAAGUAGGACAAAAAGUAAUGGUUAAAGACUAUAGGAGGGGAGCUAAGCCAUGGACUCUAGGAUUGGUGUUAGAGGAGUGUGUACCAGGUAUGACCUAUAUCAUAGAUGUAGAAGGAGCUCAGUGGAAAAGGCAUGUUAAUCAAAUGUUGCACUGCUCACAGGAAUUAGAGUUACAGUGAGGCUAAUUCCUGUGAACAGUGGCUCUAGUAAAACUAAAUAAGUGAUUUUCAUAUAUAAGUUUAUUCAUUAGAAUAAGUGUGGGAGAGUGUGAGAAACGAAACGUUUUCAGCUUCGGUCUUGCCCGCCCCUCUCCCCUCUCGCUCUGCGGUGUACGCGUCGUUUGCAUAAAAAUAAUGUGAUUGUUUGUAAUGGUGUUAAAGGUAAUAAAA